UCGCGUCGGGCCCAUCACGACCUUGUUGUUGAGCCUGACUGGAAGCGAAUGCAGAUCCGCUAUACAAAUACGAUCCCAAUCCACUCCUCUCCUCCUCAUCCAUCCGUCGCCAUGUCAAAUCUCUCUCUCUACACCGUCACCGCUCUCCUCAUCCUCGACUCUGAAGGCCAGCGGGUCUUUGCAAAGUAUUAUAACCCCCCGCACCAGGCCGUUCCGGGGACUGGUAUCCCCCUCGAGCUCGGUGUUGGCGCCGGAGGGCCCGGGAUGGGCGGGCUGGUCGGUUUCAAGGAGCAAAAAGCGUUUGAGAAGAGUGUGUUUGACAAGAUACGUCGUGGUGCCGGCGAGAUACACCCCCUUCCACCGCACAUCAUCCUCACGCGCUCCGUCGUCGACCUGACAUUCAUCAUCGUCGGCCCUCUCUCCUCAUCCAACGAACUGAUGCUCCAUCAAACCCUUUCCGCAUUCUUCGAUGCCGUCAACUUGCUUUUGAGAGGCUCGGUCGAGAAGAGGAAUGUAUUGGAGAGCCUGGAUCUGGUCUUGUUGGCCGCGGACGAGACGAUUGACGAUGGGGUCAUCCUUGAAACAGACGCUGCAGCAAUUGCCUCUCGCGUCUCCCGCCCUCGACCUGAUACGACAGAUAUUGUUAUUAAUGAACAAACGCUCAUGAAUGCGUACACAUCCUUGCGUGAUAGGGUGUCGCAAAAGAUUCAGCAGUUUUAA